AUGGCUCGUACCAAACAAACUGCGCGAAAGUCUACUGGCGGUAAGGCCCCCAGAAAACAGCUAGCUACGAAGGCAGCUCGCAAGAGCGCACCGGCUACCGGCGGCGUAAAGAAGCCUCACCGCUACCGGCCCGGCACUGUGGCCCUGCGAGAGAUCCGCCGCUACCAGAAAUCCACCGAGCUACUCAUCCGCAAGUUGCCCUUCCAGCGGCUGGUGCGUGAGAUUGCUCAGGACUUCAAGACUGACCUUCGCUUCCAGAGCUCAGCCGUGAUGGCUCUGCAGGAGGCCAGUGAAGCCUACCUUGUGGGGCUGUUUGAGGACACCAACUUUGUGUUCUCUUUCGCCAUGUCUGGGCGCGGUAAAGGAGGCAAAGGUUUGGGUAAAGGAGGUGCCAAACGGCAUAGAAAGGUGUUGCGGGAUAACAUCCAAGGCAUUACUAAGCCUGCCAUUCGUCGUCUUGCUCGGCGUGGUGGCGUCAAGCGGAUCUCAGGCCUGAUCUAUGAGGAAACCCGCGGGGUACUCAAGGUAUUCUUGGAGAAUGUUAUCCGGGAUGCCGUGACUUACACUGAGCACGCUAAGAGAAAGACUGUGACUGCUAUGGACGUGGUGUAUGCGCUCAAACGACAGGGCCGCACUCUAUAUGGUUUCGGUGGUUGAGUUUAAGGAUUUCUUUUAAAAAAAUU